CUCAUACUGCAACCUCCUCGCCGAACUUUCUUCCUCGUUCCUCUAUAAGCGCAAUUGUCAACCCGCCAUAGCAAAUUGCUGAAAUCAUGUUCACCUACGACGAGAACUACGAAGAGAUCCGCCGGCUGUUCGUGCCGUCAGACGAUCCUGGCCGCAGACUCAUACCGCGUCAAGACCUCGUUGUUUACAACACGGAGAAACGCAUUUCGCAGCUUCAGUUCCAAGCUAUGGCUCAAUCGGAACGUUCUCGAGAUGAAUCCUCUCUGGUAGUGCAUAUCGAUGGCGCUUGUCGCAACAACGGCAAACCGAACGCCCGAGCUGCAUAUGGCGUCUACUUUGGACCCGACUCUCCUUUCAAUUGCGCAGGACUCGUACCUUCCACGAUACCACAAACGAGCACUCGAGCCGAAAUUGAAGCUCUCGCCCAUGCUCUUGAAGCGGUCCAACGCAUCUGCAAUACAGACUUCAAGCUGUGCGAAAUCAAGAUCGCAACAGAUUCCAGCUUCGUCGUGGAUGCUAUGGCAAGAUGGGUCGAGGGGUGGAUCGCAAACGGUGGUAUCGGUGCACGGGGAAAGAGAGUGGCGCACUACGAGCGACUGAAGGAGCUACAUGAAAAGCUGGAUUACAUGGAGUACAGUGACGAUGGCGGCAUCUGUGUGGAGUUCUGGCAUGUCAGCCGCGAUAUGAACAGCGAGGCAGAUGCGCUUGCGAAUGCGGCACUCGAUGCAUAGCCGCAGCAGCGAACGUCCACGCCCGAUUCAUGCACUCGAGUACUGCUGGAAGAUGGAAAGCAGUUUCAAUGGCAAUGGAUGCUGCCCUCGUUACACACUACUGGAAAUGCUACACAACAGACGGCAACGCGAGCUCCCAUAUAAUCAAUGCAGUGCAGCAUUUCAAGCUUGACACAACAACACAUCCGGAUCUACAUCGGCAUCUUCCCCUUAUCAUAGCCUCAUGGAUAGCCAGAUUUGGACCUGCUGCAGCCAGGCGUCCAGCUACCACGCAGCCUGCAGUCUACCAAGGAAGGAUCAACUUCUGAAAAGGUGCUCCUGUCUAGUUCACCUCUGAGCGACUUGGGUCACAGGACGUCAUGCCUUUGAUUUGAAACUUAUCGGAAAGUUUUCAAUAGCUAUAGCUCAUUUCAAUUAUAAGGUCCAUCAGCUGCCCCACACAGCUUCAUGGCUGUAACGUUG